AUGUCGUCAACCUCUCAAAACCAGAAGAACAAGAAGAGGAGUCACAAAGAUGCACCUGGUGAUCAGGAGAAAGGAAGCAAGCGCCCUCAAGGACACCCUAUAGCACAUAUGCAGGCAUUGCCGGACUUUCAGAGCAAUGAGGAAGCAGCUCAGUUUGCCUCCUGUUUGCAACCAGAAGUAGCAUACACAUUUAUUGAGCACCUGCUACGCAUGAUGCAGCAGGUCGAUCCUGACCAGAUCUCAUCAUUGGAGCAUUCUCGCCCUGUCUCCCCAAGCUCCCACCUCCCCCAACCAGUUGCCGGUCCAAGUCAAACACGAGGAGAUCUCCCUCCAGACCCUUUGCCAGAGCCUGAGUCUGAGGAGAGUGCGAGUGAAGAAGGAGUCUUGGAGUCCGAGUCCGAGGGUUCUGAUCGGCCCACCUCGCCGACAGUGCUCGCCUCCAUGUCAGCAGUCCCUGACUCCAACCAGCGGAGGGACACAACAGCCGCCUCCGCCCCCACAGCAUCCUCCGUCCCCCCGACACCGAUAAUGUCUUCUCCGUCGACCGCCCCCGAUAAGGAGACCCUGAAGCUCCUCCCCCUCCGCUAUGACGGCAAAACCGUCAUCGAGUGCGACAGGUUCUUGUCGCAACUUCGCAUCUACUGGCUGGUCAACACGUCGUUGACCACCAUUGAGCUCAAGGUGCAGGUUGCGCUAAGCCUGCUAGACAGAGAUGCCCACGCCUGGGCCACUCCCUACUUCUCCCAGCUCGCAUCAGUGCAGAUGGGUGUACAAGGGGUCAUGACCCCUUUCAGGAAUGAAGCAGCCUUCACCGCUGCCUUCAAGGCUUGCUUUGGCAAUCUCGACGAUGAGGCAGCGGCACAAGUAGAGUUGGCGAAGCUCUGCGCGAACAAGUCGGUCCGCGAAAAAUGCACCGCUGCGGAAUUCUCCGCGCUGUUCAAGGGUCCGGCGGAUCGCUCUGGGUAUGGGGACCUGGAGCUACGCGACAAGUACCUGAGUGGCAUCCCCUCCCGUGUCUACCGAAAGAUCGAGCUAGAGACAUUCACCACGUGGCAAGAAGCUGAGAAACGCGCCACUGAGGUCGAACAGAUCCUCGACAUCAGCCGGGCCCGCCGGCCUGAGCUAAACAACUUCUUCUCGGCUCAAGGACGAGGAUGCGGUGGGGCACGUGGUGGUGCCCCCCACACACCUAGCUUCAGCCAGCAUCAAUGCGGCCGUCGGAAAAGGAAACUUCGCGGGCAGCUGCUUCGGCUGUGGGAAGCAGGGGUACCGACACUUCGAGUGCCCCAACUGUAA